CGUAUGUUUUUGCUGAGAGUAAUCAAAGGCUAUUACUUGAGCUGCCGUGCCUGUCGGACCUCCUCUAGUCUGGGGGCCAGACCUUUUCUCAAGAGGGGGGAGGGGGAAGAGAGAAAGAGGUCUGGAGGGAGGAGACUGUGAUAUUGGAGGUCUAUUGCAAGACAGAUCAUAUAGCAGAUCAAUCUCUCCAGUGGCAAUCAAUCUGGCAAUCAAUCAACUGAGUCGAGGAGAUGAAGUGCACUAAACUUCUCAGUUGCAAGCAAUUCCUUCGUGAAUUUCAUUACUCCCGGCUUUGGUUUACGUCCAGUGACUGGAGGUCUCUUGUGUACAUUCCGUGGCUACCUUACAAGUGGCAGUACCAAGUGUUUCAUGUGAUUUAUCGCUGGGUAAUUGCCUGCUAUUUCAUUGGAUGGCUUAUUACUUCAGGAAUUCAAUUCUCUAAUUCUGGUGCUCGUUAUUUGAUUUACCUCACUAAUUGGGCAAUCAUUGGGUUUGUCUUCUAUCUUCUUGUUGCUGCUUUCUCUGUCACAGCAAAGUUCGUCACCGUUCAUUGUUAUAACAAAGUUCCAGAUGAAAUUGAUCGCACAACUGACUACCAGUUUGAGAAACCUAAAGGCUCUUGCGGUUUUAGAAGUAACAAGCUGUCUUGGUAUCAAAUGAUUCACUGGGCUAGUUUUUCAAUUUUGUCUGAGAUUGCUCUUGUAAUCGCGAUCUUGUAUUGGAUUCUUCUCUACAAUGGAGGACCUGUAGAUGGAGUUAACGCUAACACCCAUCUUUUGAAUGCCAUUGUUUCAAUUCUGGAUGUGUUCUUCUUUGGUAUGCCAGUAAAUCUUCUUCACAUUAUCUAUCCUGCUUGUUAUGGUGUUGUAUAUGCAAGCUUCUCCGGCAUCUACUGGGCUGCUAAUGGUACUAACCCUGAAAAUGAGGAGCGUUACAUCUACAGUUUGCUCGACUACAACACCUCCACUGCCGCUGUAAUAGCGAUUUUAGUCGUUAUUCUUUACAUUCCACUUAUACACCUGCUUUAUUAUGUAGUUUACCUGGCUCGGUUUUGGUUAGUGUAUGCCGUAUAUGGUCACAACAAGAUGCAAUGCUGGGGAAUGCAAGUGUUGGAGGAACAUGACAUAGAUGAACACACUGAGAAAGAAAAUGAUGUUGCAGUUUAGCUUAACAAGUUAUUAACAAGUUAUUAAGUUACGGAUGUAUAGAUGUUGCAGUUUAGUUUGCUGACAAGUUACACAAUCAUAGAUGCAUGUACCAUUAUUGUUAUAAGCUAAUCAAUGUCCUCACUCUUUAGUCAGAAUUUUAUCUCAGAAUUUUAUUGGAUUUGUAAUUAAAUCAAAGCUUA